AGCAAUGCAGAACGCAUAUGACGGGCUUGGUACUGCAAGUCAGAUCAGCGGGAUCCAUGUCUCCCAAAGCAUGGCUACUAGUUUAUCCAAUCUGUAUAGCGUUACAAGUAACGUGGAAUCUUUGACAAACGCGCACGGUCUCGGCAGCAGCAGAGAUAUGCAAGUGGCUAGCUCUCAAGGCGGCUACGCGAGAGAAUCUCCAGAGAUGAAAUACAUGCCGCCGCAGCACCAGAGCCCAAACGGACACGCUUUAGGACAUCAUCACCAGUGGGUUAGUCUACCCUCGCAUAGUGACCCUUCGGGCUGGCCAUCUGGCAUGCAUCAUCAUGGACUGCACGGGCAGGACAUUAAACCGCAGCAUCACUCAGGGCAUGAGCUACCUCACGCCUCCCUGGCCCACCACCGUCCGCCGCAGCACAUGACAGCCUGGCAUCCUUCCGCCUUAGCGGGUCAACACAUGGUCAAUAUGUCAUCAUCAGCCAAUGGCUCAUCUCCCCUCCAACACCCUGCAUAUGCCAUGAAUGGAAUGCUUACCCACGGUGGAACACAGAUUCACCCAGCAAUGAGAGAAGUUCCACAACACCUGUCAGGUGACCAGCACUUUCAGCUACAUCAUCCCCUUCACCAAACCGACAAUGGACUCCACAGGAUGCACCCCGACAGUGACGAACCCUGUUUGCUAGAAACACCUCCCCCAUCCUCGGACGACCUAGAAACUUUUGCUAAACAAUUUAAACAGCGUCGGAUCAAGCUUGGCUUCACGCAAGCGGAUGUCGGGCUCGCUCUUGGUACCCUUUAUGGUAAUGUUUUCAGCCAAACCACCAUCUGCAGAUUUGAAGCUCUACAACUGAGCUUCAAAAAUAUGUGUAAGUUAAAACCACUUCUAGCCAAAUGGUUGGAAGAAGCAGACAGUACCACUGGGACCCCGACGUCUAUUGACAAGAUCGCCGCCCAAGGCCGCAAACGUAAAAAGCGGACGAGCAUAGAAGUGUCCGUGAAAGGUGCGUUAGAAAACCACUUUCACAAACAGCCCAAACCCUCGGCACAAGAGAUCGGUAGCCUAGCGGACAGCCUACAGAUAGAGAAGGAGGUUGUACGAGUCUGGUUCUGUAAUCGCCGUCAGAAAGAGAAGAGAAUGACCCCUCCUGUAACAAACAUGAGUCAGAACAACGAUACCAGACAUACCGGCCCACUAACAGUAUCUGCGAACAGUACUACUGAAGUGUUGAUGAGACAUACAGACGAUGGUUUUCAUGGUGGCAGUCCGGUUCACCUACACAACCACUCGCACAGUCCACCCAUGUUGCACUCUCCAACCCAUCAUUCAGCUAGCCAUUCAAUUCACACAGUUGGACAGUCACUGACCGCUCAUUGACCAACCGAUUUUGGGACAGUACUGACCACCAUUAACCUAACAGUCCGUUUAUAAAAUGAGUGUAUGUGUGCACGAAAACUGAACCUAAUGUUUGCAGCUCAUCAAAUAACUUGCUUGUAAGUAGUGAGCUUCAGAUGAUGUUGACGUUAUUAGUAGUAUAUAUUGAUGGGUCACGUUGAACGGUAACCAGAUCUAACAAUGAAUGAGGUGCAAAGUUUGGAUACACUUGUAGAUAGACAGAAAACACCGAAACUAGUCGCAGUUCGAAGGACUGGGGGUGAAGGUUCAGUGCUGCUUCGAGAGAGAUUUAUGUUUUUGUCAGCGGUCACAUCAUUGUGGAUAUGCACUUGUCUGCAGAACAACAGAAAUUAUAAAUGCUUUUAUUAAGUAUUGUACUACUUUUUGUACUGAAGCACUAAAGUGAGUGAUGUACUUAUCAUGAUCUGCUACACUUAUGGAUUAGCAAACGUUUCGACACUUCUCUAAGUUAAUCGUGUGGAAACCAGCACUGAAUUGUACUCUAUGCGUGGAUGCAUUUGUCAGUUUAUCUUCAACUUUCAAGUGUUACAUAAAAUAUAAACUCCAUAUUUUGUGCUAUCAUCUAUAAAAAACACAAUAAAAUUAUCCCAAUAGUCACAGAAAGUGUUAACUUAGCAGUAGUUUGUUUUAAUCGAAGCUUUUCAGAAAAUACUGUGAUCUAAGAAAUAAUAAGUUGCAUGACGUAAUAAUGAGAAUGUUUUGGUGCAGUGUAAUUGUAUUCGUCAACUAUUGAUAGCACUAAUAAAGGUAACUUUUAAUCAAA